CGGCUGACAAGAUUAUAUGGAAGCAUGAUCCAUGCCGCAAGAAUUGCUUCAGUUUACUAAGAGUUCCUGAAUGAACACGUUUAAUUAUUCUCAUUAAAGUUUAAAGUAGUAAGUGUGCGAGUCGCUGCAAACCUGUCUGUGUAAUAUGUAUUAUUUAUGCGUUUUUCUAAAAUUGCCAGAAUUGUGGACUGCAAUAACGAAUUUUGUAUAUUCGAAGAAAAGUAUUAUAUAAACUUUAACACUUGAUUAAAGUCCAAAAUCGUGAGAAAAACUUUGUAAUGUAACGUUAUAACAUAUAUAUUUAUUUAGUGGAAUAGAAAUUAUUUUCAUGCAAGGUUUUCUAUCGUAAAACGAUUAUUGAAGUAUAGUUUAAAUAUACGGACCAAUCUUACAAUUCUACGUCACACACAAACUACAUUAAAUUCUAUUGUGUUAUUAAUAAAUUUACAAUCAUGCCUCUGAUCCGUCAAAGUGGUAAAGAUACUAUCAUUUUUGCAUCUAAAGAAGAUCAUGCAACGCCUUGUACGAUCGAGCUUCCAGAACCAGAACCAAGUCCUGGAUUGAUAUUACCAAAUGGGGAUAUUAAUUGGAAUUGCCCGUGUUUAGGUGGUAUGGCAACUGGUCCUUGCGGUUUAGAGUUCCGUGAAGCUUUUUCAUGUUUCCAUUAUUCUACUGCUGAUCCAAAAGGCGCUGAUUGCCGUGAGCAAUUUACAACUAUGCAAAUAUGUAUGUCAGAUUAUCCUGAAUUAUAUGGUAGUAAAGAAUCAGAUGAUGAUACAAAUCAAAUAUCGAACUCUGAGAUGGGUACUGUAAAAGACGUCGCUGUGGAAAACAAUGAUAAAGUUAAAAAAGAAGCGAACGAAGGAAGUUGACUGAAAGAAACAAAACGAGACACUUCUAGUAGAAAUGAAAAAAUGGAAUAUGUUGCAAUAAAAUAAAAUCAAUGCACUGAACAUUUUACAAUACAGAUUAUCUUAUUUUUUAUUGUUAUUAUAGCUAUUGAAAAAGGGACUGAUUAGGAAACCUGGCGGCAAGCUGAUGCAGACUUAAAUAGUCUAAUGUAUACAUUUGUCGUGCAUACAAACAAAAUAUAUUUAUGUCACGUUUACCUUUUCAUUUCAUUAAUAUUUGUACAGAGUCGCGUAGAAGCGUAAUUACAAUUAACAAGAGAAAGAAUUUAUUUGUAAAAUGCAAUUCGAUGCAUGAUUUUGUUCAUGAAGUUCAAUAUUUAUGUUUUCAUUAGGAAUGAAUUUAGCAUACUGUUGCAUACAUUUUUAUGAAUUGUCGUAUCAAUAAUUUUUGUUUGGUUGAAUAAAACUCAAACAAUAAU